AUGAAGAAGUUCCGCGCCAAGGCCAGCUCCCUGCCCAUUUUCAACGGUCGGAUAACUGACGCCACCACGCUGACCACCACAUCGUUGCAGUUACCUUUUGGUCCGGCGCCUCCGAGAAAGCAAUCCAUCCGCAGCAGGGCUUUGCCAACGGUUUUUACCAUUACGGACGGUACGACCGGUGCAGCCAGUACAUCUUUAGCGGAGGCCAUGUCCAGCAGCAAGGCUCAGUUGCCUUCAUCUCGGCAGGAGAACCUUCUCCAGCUAAGUGUUCCACGCGAGGAUCCAAUGGGUGUGGUAGGGCCGGAAUUGGCCAACUACGAGAAGGUGAGGGUGGUAGGGCAGGGGUCGUUUGGCAUCGCCAUCCUAUAUAGACGAAAAUCCGACGGCCAUCAGAUCGUCUUUAAGCAGAUAAACCUUAGUGAACUAACGCCGCCUGGUCGGGAUUUGGCUAUGAACGAGGUGGAUGUCUUUUCGAAAUUACAUCAUCCGAACAUUGUCAGCUACCUUGGAAGCUUCAUUAAGGACAACACACUGCUCAUCGAGAUGGAAUACGCAGACGGGGGUACGCUGGCCCACAUCAUUGCUGAGAGACAGGGAAAGUUGCACUUUCCGGAGCGUUAUAUAAUAGCCGUAUUUGAACAGAUCUCCAGUGCUAUAAACUAUAUGCACUCCGAAAACAUAUUGCAUCGGGAUUUAAAGACAGCUAACGUCUUCCUCAACCGUCGAGGCAUUGUGAAAAUAGGAGAUUUUGGCAUUUCCAAGAUAAUGAACACAAAGAUUCAUGCCCAAACUGUUUUGGGUACCCCUUACUAUUUCAGUCCGGAGAUGUGUGAAGGAAAGGAAUACGACAACAAGAGUGACAUUUGGGCACUGGGCUGCAUUCUGGGAGAGAUGUGUUGCCUGAAGAAGACCUUCGCUGCCUCCAACCUCUCCGAACUGGUCACCAAAAUCAUGGCGGGAAACUACACACCUGUGCCCUCGGGUUACACCUCUGGACUGCGUAGUCUUAUGGCUAACCUGCUUCAAGUGGAGGCUGCCAGGAGACCAACAGCCUCCGAGGUGUUGGUGUAUUGGAUUCCACUAAUAUUCCGUAGCCUUGGUAAAAAUAAGGGUUACUCUUAUGAAGAUGAUGUAGGAAGCAGCAGUGGUAACCAACUGACUGCUCCUGAUCCCGCUACUGCACACAGUAAUGUUUCAAUAGAGCUGGAACUUCCCACUGCACAGACGGAGACAAAGCAGCUGAUGAGUGCGGAAACGGCGGCACCACACGAGGUCCUCGAAAAACGAUCCGUGCUGUACCAGCUGAAGGCCUUCGGCACCUGCUUUAGCAUGGCGCCCAUCCAGCUUCCACCCAAGGCCGUUAUUGUCAGCGUGGCCAUGUCGGACUCCCAUUUCGUAGUGGUCAACGAGGAUGGAUCGGCGUACGCCUGGGGCGAGGGUACUCACGGUCAGCUGGGCCUCACUGCCCUGGAGGCAUGGAAGCACUACCCUAGUCGGAUGGAGAGUGUGCGGAACUAUCAUGUUGUAGGUGCCUGCGCAGGCGAUGGCUUUACCGUCCUGGUCACGCAGGCGGGAAGUCUGCUUAGCUGCGGCAGUAAUGUCCAUUUGGCUUUGGGGCAGGACGAGCAGCGUAAUUACCACAGCCCUAAGCUAGUCGGCCGACUUGCGGAUGUGCGCAUAGAACAAGUGGCGGCUGGACUCCACCACGUCGUGGCCUUGAGCCGAGAGGGCGCAGUCUACGUAUGGGGCACCAGCACCUGUGGUGCUUUAGGACUUGGCAAUUACCAGCAACAACAGAAAUUUCCCCAAAAGAUUUUGCUCUCGCAUGUGAAAACCAAACCGUCAAAGAUUUACUGUGGACCCGAUACCUCUGCUGUGCUGUUUACCAAUGGAGAAAUCCAUGUCUGUGGCAGCAAUGACUACAAUAAACUUGGUUUCCAGCGUCCAGCGAAGAUUACAGCUUUUAAAAAAGUCCAACUCCCUCAUAAGGUGAUUCAAGCCUGCUUUUCGUCCACUCAUUCCGUGUUCCUGGUGGAGGGCGGCUAUGUCUACACCAUGGGUCGAAAUGCGGAGGGUCAGCGUGGGAUCAGGCACUGCAACUCUGUCGAUCAUCCAACCCUGGUGGAUUCUGUAAAGGCGCGAUAUAUUGUGAAGGCAAACUGCAGCGAUCAGUGUACUAUUGUUGCCUCGGAAGAUAAUAUCAUUACUGUUUGGGGCACUCGCAAUGGUUUACCUGGGAUUGGCUCGAGCAACAGUGGAUUGGGUCUGGAGGUAUGCACUCCCAACACCGAACUGGAGCUCGGUAACAACACGGCGGCGUUUACAAACUUUCUGGCCUCGGUUUACAAGUCAGAAUUGAUAUUGGAACCAGUGGAUAUAUUGGCUCUCUAUUCCUUCAAGGAACAGUGCGACAGAGGGUAUUACGUCCAGGUGCAUGAUGUUUAUCCUUUGGCCCACAGCGUUUUAGUGUUGGUGGACACCACCACGCCUUUAAUAUCCUCCUACGAAGGUGACUACCCACAAAUUUAG